CAAUAUAUGCACGGGGCUCUCCAGUGAAUGGGGUGUGUGUACUGUGAGAUUUGAAUGGCUACAGGCAACAGCUUUGGAAGAGUCAGGCCUCUGGCUGCCCGCAGCCCAUUCCCAGCCAGCUUUGUUUCCGGCUCUGCAGGGGCACAUGUUUCGCUGCAGCGCCGACUGCUGCGAGAAUGACAAGGCCUCCAUGCAGCAGGUGCACCACUGCAUCGAGCGCUGCCACGCGCCCCUGGCCCAGGCCCAGGCUGUCGUCACCAAAGAGCUGGAGAGAUUUCAGGACCGCUUGGCUCGCUGCACAAUGCACUGUAACGACAAGGCCAAAGACUCCCUGGAUUCAGGGAGCAAGGAGCAGCAGGUGAAACAGCAGCUGGAGAGCUGCGUGACGAAGUGCGUGGACGACCACAUGCAUCUCAUCCCCAGCAUGACCAAGAAAAUGAAGGAGACUUUGGCAGCUAUUACACAAUAAAUCUGAGUUUGUUUUGGGGGAGAGAGGGAGAAGCAUAGCUUCUAUUAAGAGAGAGACGUGUACACGGAGAUUCGUGUUGGAAAUUGAAGCAUGAAAAUGGAUGAUAAGGGUGAUUUUUGUAUUUUCAAAGUAUUGCAGUGGUCCAUUCAACAGCUGGUUUGAAGUGUUGGUGUCUCGGGUUGAUUUGAGAAGUGUCACCAGGUGUGGAGAGGACAGAGUAGUGACUUUGCUCCAGUCCUCAAAGGGUUAAUGGUUAGUGUAUGUACAGACCAUGCUGCUAAUAGCAGGAUCCUCUAUUACUUGAUAGUACCUUGACUUACUUUGGUUGUAGUGAAUUUAGGGCUGCUGGAAGGCACCACCAGCUGGACAGGCCUGGAGUGUGAGGGACCUUUGUCCCUGGGACAGGUGCAAACUUCUCCAUUGCUGCCUAAGUAAUAUGCCUCAAUAGUUCCCUGCAAGUGUUAAGAGUCAGAUAUAAACUGGUGUAGUUCCAUUAGUGUCAGUGGAGCCAUGCCAGUGUAAACGCUCUGAGUAUCUGGCUUCAAAAGUCCACUCUCCCGUAUUCUUGGUGGCGAUGUGAUGGGCAGAGGAUCUGAAGUAUAACUACCACUGGGUUUGAUACCCUAGAAUUCAAAGGGCCAUAAUUCUUGCCUCACUUGUUCUCUGGGCUAUUGUGAUUUAAAAAAAAAUGCUUUGGGGACAGGAUUUUUCCCUCCUCAACUGCCCUCACAUCUGCAGAACUGAUUGUCUAGCACUGACAGGUUCCCCCUGUCCUUCUAGUGCAAGUGCCUUUAUGUUAAAGGAGACAAGAGGAAGUCAGGGAGACUUUUUUUUUUUUGCACUGGUAGGUCAAGUUUCUGCAGUUAAAACAUCUUGGGUCUCUGUUGCCUCUCACACUGGCAUAAAUCAGAAGUGAUUCCAAUGGAAUAAAUGGAGAUAUGCCUGUGUGUGAACCUAGUGGAGAAAAAGCCCUUUAACUUCACCUGACCUCAUCAGGCUACCAAUCCCGUCAUAUAUAAUUCUACAAAGAGAACAAGGUCAGCCAGCUAAGUGUGGGUUCUCUGGAGCAAUGAGUCACAAAGAACAUGGCCUAUUGAAAAGGAAUGGCCAAUACUACAUAAUGCUCCACUCAUGCUGAUUUUACACCGGUAUUACUCCUGAUUUGCAGUGGUGUAAGGAACAGCAGCAUUCAGCCUGAAGUCUAUCAUUAAGAAUUAUAGCAGCUGUAUUGUUCCAUGCAGUGGGGCAUAAAUGUGUGCCCCAG